CUAAAGUUCUGGUUUAUAUUGUUACAAUAUCAGAAAAAAAAAAACCACCGUACAAGAGGCACCUGGCUUUAAUGACAAUGGAGGUAAGGUUUGAUGGGAAAAGAGCUCUAGUGACUGGUGCUGGAAAAGGCAUUGGGCGUCAAGUGGCAAUAGCUUUGUCCGAAGCAGGAGCAGAAACUGUAGCUCUGAGCAGAACACAAGGAGAUCUUGACACCCUCAAACAAAAGUAUCCAAGGAUGAAAACUGUUUGUGUUGAUUUGGCCGACUGGGAUACUACAAGGAGCUGUGUGGAGGAUGCAGGGUUUAUAGACAUCUUAGUGAACAACGCAGGCGUUGGGUCAGUCGGACAAUUCGUUGAUGUUCCAAAGGAAGAGGUAGACAGGGUUUUGGACAUCGACCUCAAGGCAAUUAUAAACGUCUCACAGGUCAUAGUGAAAGGUAUGAUGAAACGAGAAGGCGGAGCAAUAGUUAAUCUGUCCAGUAUUUAUGGUCAAAGAGUGUGCGUCGGGUCUGCCAUCUACAGUACCACGAAAGCUGCAGUGGAAAUGCUGACAAAAGCUAUGGCUCUAGAACUAGCACCAAAUAAGAUACGGGUUAACUGCGUAAGUCCAACGUUUACGUAUACUCCUAUGACGAUGGAAGCAAUGUCUGACCCGACAUUUUGUAAAGCUGUCCUACCCCGGAUUCCUGUCGGUCGUUUUGCAGAGGUCGAUGAUGUCGCCAAUAUGGUCAUGUUCCUACUUAGUGAAAAAGCAGCUAUGACAACCGGCUCAGUCAUUGCAGUAGACGGCGGGCACCUGCUCACAUGAAAUCAUAAAUUGACUUUGGGGCGUGGUAAAGAUCAGAUCUUAUGUAAACAAGGGAGCUGAAAUACCAAUAAUACACAGCAUAAUUCAGCAAAUGCGUUUUAUUUCCUCCAAUCAGACAAAUAUUGCCGCUUUUGUGAAUGGCAAUCCAGAACAACAGACAGACACAUUGCCAUUAUAGCGGACAUUACCUGUACCUAUAUUUGAUCACCAUAUAAUGUCACAAUCUCUUAACCCUUAUAAAGACACAAUAUUUCAGAUCAAGAAGCAUACAUUCAUAAUUACUCCGCCCAUUACAUGUAGCCUACUUACAUUUACAUUCCUCAGAAAUAACAUGCACUAAUUAAUCAGAGUUCAACAAAUCUCGUGCCUAACUGCCGUAACAAACUGUGCGUCUUCGGUUAAUGCGAAUUGUUAAUGUUCAAGAAUCAUCUUGGGAGAAGAUAUAUAGCACACGGUGGGAUUUAUCUAAACCUGCAAAAUGUAUUCACAAUAUCGUUUGUCCUUUUUUCAUUUUAUGUGUGAAGUUUCAUCUGGUAAGAGAUUUUCAGUAGCUCGACUUUUAUCGGCGGCGGACAUCCUUUGUUGCUCUUGGAGUUGUACUUUGCGUGCUCUGUACGCCUGUUGGCUCUUGAUGAAUACUGGGGAUGAUGUAAUGGAAUGAGGAUAGUUCACCUCUUUGAGAUGUCUCUCUAAUCCAGAGCGUAAAGAGAUUAAAGAGUUCAAGCCAUAUGUCCCUUUCCGACUGGAUGUGACUGUGGCGAGAAAGUCAGCAAGGUAAGAGUCCAGAAUAUCUGGGGGCAGAUGUUCAAUGUUCCUCCAAUCAUUUCUUGGCUCUGUUCUGGCCCAGUUUUCAAAUUUGUUCACGUAACACCGUGUCUGGAUGGCUCUGUAACGCCGCCUUCCUUGAUCUAUCACAAACUGUUUCAAUGGGGAAUUCUGU